GCCGCGGCAGUCGGCGGUCUCCCCACCUCCCGGCUCCGGGCAAAGGCGGCCCCUUCCCCGCUAGCUAGGUGACCUAGAGAUUGCUACUGAGCUCACUCUUGGAGAGGACGCACGGAAGGUGGGAGACCCGCGUCGGCCAGGGGCGUCUUAAAGCGGAAGAGACAGGUUGGUAUUUUUCCUACGAAGGGUCAGGACUCUUUUCUCUGUCGCACUUUGUUCGAGGUGUUCAACGGGUUACCAUAGGAUUUCAACAGGUGGCAGAGGGAGGUCACGUGGGGGCAGGUUGGGGCCGCCGCGGCGCCUCUCCCCUCCCCUCGGAACCGCACCUCUCGCUGUCGCUGCACGUCUAUCAGCCUAACCCGGCCUCUCAAUUCGGUUUUGCAGCCCCAGAGUCCGCGGCGACCGCGGGCGAAGAGGACGGCGGGGGACGCGCCUCCGCGGGGGGGGGGGGGGGUGGAGCCACAGGCGUCGGAGCGCGGUCCGCGCGGACGCGGCCCCGGGGGAGCCGCAGACCCGGCGGGGCGGCCGUGGAGGAGACGGGGUCGCCGGCUUCACUGCCCUCGCCGACAUGCACAACGAGAGCUUCUCGGAGCCGGGGCCCGCCAACGCGUCGUGCCCGGGGCCCGCGCUGGGCUGCCCCAACGCGUCGAGCCUGCCGCCGCCGCUGCCGCCGCCGCUGGCCGUGGCCGUGCCCGUCGUCUACGCGGUGAUCUGCGCGGUGGGGCUGGCUGGCAACUCCGCAGUGCUGUACGUGCUGCUGCGGGCGCCCCGCACGAAGACCGUCACCAACCUGUUCAUCCUCAACCUGGCCAUCGCCGACGAGCUCUUCACGCUGGUGCUGCCCGUCAACAUCGCCGACUUCCUGCUGCAGCGGUGGCCCUUCGGGGAGCUCAUGUGUAAGCUCAUCGUGGCCAUCGACCAGUACAACACGUUCUCCAGCCUCUACUUCCUCACGGUCAUGAGCGCCGACCGCUACCUGGUGGUGCUGGCCACGGCCGAGUCGCGCCGGGUGGCCGGCCGCACGUACCGCGCGGCGCGCGCCGUGAGCCUGGCCGUGUGGGGGCUCGUGACGCUGGUCGUGCUGCCCUUCGCCGUCUUCGCCCGGCUCGACGACGAGCAGGGCCGGCGCCAGUGCGUGCUGGUCUUCCCGCAGCCCGAGGCCUUCUGGUGGCGGGCGAGCCGCCUCUACACGCUGGUGCUCGGCUUCGCCAUCCCCGUGACCGCCAUCUGCGUCCUCUACGGCGUCCUGCUGUGCAGGCUGCGCGCCAUGCGGCUGGACAGCCACGCCAAGGCCCUGGACCGCGCGAAGAAGCGGGUGACGCUCUUGGUGGUGGUGAUCCUGGCCGUGUGCCUCCUCUGCUGGACGCCCUACCACCUGAGCACCGUGGUGGCGCUCACCACCGACCUCCCGCAGACGCCGCUCGUCAUCGCGGCCUCCUACUUCAUCACCAGCCUGAGCUACGCCAACAGCUGCCUCAACCCCUUCCUCUACGCCUUCCUGGACGACAGCUUCCGCAGGAGCCUCCGCCAGCUGCUGGCCUGCCGCGCUGCCGCCUGACCCCCGCCGCGCUCCGCUCCGCUCCGCUCCGCGCGCGCCCUGCG